CUUUUUAAUUUUUCAAGAUAAAAUAUUUGUGGUGCGUAGGUUCUCCCAGCUUUUCCGGCAACCCAAGCUUCCAGAUGUCCCCCAAAGUGUUUCUUUUUUUCUUCCUUCCGACGAAUUUAAAAGUCCCAUAAUCUCUGCAACUCAAGUCGAAGCAACUGAAACUCAAUUCAGAACCCGCUCAGCAAAUACCAACUGAUCUGAUAUCCAUUCCUCCCUCACCAUGAACGUCCUUAUCAGCGGCGACCAUCAGCCGAUAUCCCAUUUCGUAGUGGUUCCGUUAAUGGCGCAAGGGCACAUGAUCCCCAUGGUCGACCUCGCCCUUCUUCUCGCUCACCGCGGCUCACUUGUCAGCCUCAUCACCACGCCACUCAACGCCCGCCGCCUCCGCGCAAUCGCCGACCACGCCACCACCUCCAACCUUCUCUUCCGACUCAUCGAGCUCCCCUUCCCCUGCAAAUCCGCCGGACUUCCCGACGGCUGCGAGAACCUCGACCUCAUCACUACGGUAGACCUCAUCCGCCCCUUCUUCAAAGCCCUAGAUCUUAUGGCCGACCCGCUUAAGAGCUACAUCCGCUCCCAACCACCGUCGCCGACCUGCAUCAUCUCCGACCAGUGCAUGCCGUGGACCAUGGAAGUCUCCGACGAUCUCAACAUCCCACGCCUAGUUUUUCACGGGCCCUCCUGCUUCUUCCUGCUCUGCACCCUCAAGCUCGCCGAACACAAGCUCUAUGAGAAAGUAACAGAUGUUCAUGAAAUCUUCACGGUGCCGGACCUCCCGCAGAGAAUCGAAGUGAACAAACUGAUGGCGCAGCGGUUCUUCGACAGGCCGGAGAUGAAGGAUGUUAUGCAACAGGUGGAGGAAGCAGAGGACGCAUCAGACGGGCUUGUGCUCAACACCUUUUACAAACUGGAGUCAUGGUACAUCGAGGAGUACCGCAGGUCGGUUGGGAAGGAGGUUUGGGCUGUCGGGCCGGUGUCGCUCGUGCAUAAAGACGCCGGCGGAAUGGCGGUGAGAGGCGAUGGCUGCGCGGGGAUUGAUAAAGGUAGCGUUUUUGAAUGGCUGGAUGGAAGAGAAAAGGGGUCGGUUCUUUUUAUCAGCUUCGGCAGCCUCGUGCGUACACGAAAGAAGCAGCUGGUGGAGAUUGGGGCGGGGCUGGAGGGGUCUGGUGUUGCGUUUGUGUGGGCGGUGAAGGAGGCGGAGGAGAACGAGGAGGUAAGUAAGUGGCUUUCGGAGUUUGAGGAGAGGAACAGGAACAGGAGCAGGGGGCUUAUUGUAAAGGGAUGGGUGCCGCAGGUGAUGAUACUGAAACAUCCGGCGGUGGGAGGGUUUAUGACGCACUGUGGUUGGAACUCGACGUUAGAAGCGGUGGCUGCGGGUGUGCCGAUGGUGACUUGGCCGCACUUUUCGGAUCAGUUUCUGAAUGAGAAGUUGGUGGUGGAGGUGCUGAGGAUGGGGAUUGGGGUUGGGGUAAAGCUGCCGUCUUUUUAUCAGGCGAUGCUAGAGGAGGCUAUGGUGGGGAGGGAGAAGGUGGAGAUGG